AAAAAUUUGAUUUCUGGUGUCAGUAUCACUUUAAAUAACUCUGUCUAAGAAUCAGGCCACAUUGUGCAGAGUAAAUAUAAUACCAGUCAGCUUGUCUGUAGUCAGAACCCUGCUGUGCAGCACAUGAGGAUAAAAGAGCCCUAGCUCCACCCUCAGGAUAAAAAGCUGUGACACCUCCCAUUACUUGUCAUUCUACACCCGGAGACCGCACAGAGCGGAGCUGAGCUCACUACGGGGACAGAAGGAGUUUAUUCAGUGUUUGUUAACAAAGACCCAAACGGACCUGUGCUCAGUGCAUCAGCAGAAGGAGAUUUUUAAUGAGAAAUAUAAAAGCUAAUGUGGAAUAAGGUGCUGGCAGGUUACCCAGGAUCAGGGUGCCAGUGCUACAUGGGCAGAGCCUAAUGAGGGGGUAACUGGCACUUGGCACUGGCACUUGGGGGUACAACUCAUCCGUCUCUAUCACUGGGCACAGCGCCUGGGUGGAAGAACCAGAAAGACAGAAAAUGGAUUGCUCUCCACACAUGACAAAUCAAGAGUUGAGAACAGAGGUUCAAUAACUGAGCCAGAAGAGACCAAGAUGGCGCCGUUAUGUGUUUGCCUUCAAAUGUUGCACCUUUUGCCCAUGAAGAUACAUAAUGCACUAAAGUCUGAAGGUCCAAGUAACAAUCUUCAAAUACCGUUGUUAAUGGUGGCCCUUCUGUUUGGCUCAGUAUUAUCAAAUGAACUGACUGACAAGGAAAGUGAAGGAGGGAAAACAGCCUGGAACAGAGAAGCCACAUCAGCCCCCCAUCCCAACAGCUGCCGGCAGUACCGAUUCUCUACCAAUGGGGAAACCCUGUUGAACCAACAUCUCUCCAUCAAAAUAAAGACCAGCAAAGAAUAUUGCAGUUUCCAGAUGGCGUCCCCUCAACAAAAACCUUGCACUAAUUCCUCCCACGUGACUCUGAUCAAUGACACUUGGUUGGUCCUGGAAACAACGGACUUGGAAUAUGAGAUCUUGUAUCUGGAAUACGGGGCUGGGAAGGUGGGCAAGUCUGUGGAGGCCAUAUUUGCAGGUUUUUGCCAAAAUAAAUCUGAGAAUCCCAUACCAACCACUGCCAAUAACAGUGCUCUGUGGCUAGUAAUAGGAGUGAUUGUUGCCACCUUGAUAGUUAUAUUUAUACUCAUAGUCGUAUUCUAUAGAAGGCGGAGAUCACAGUUCAUCUCUCUACAGCAUCAGCCAAAUGAGAAUACCAACACCAAGGGCACAGAAACUGGACUUGAGCAAGUUAAUGAGGUGCUGAACUCUACAGAGGGCAACUCCCAACAAUGCAAGCACAAAAGCACAGAGAAGACAGAGGCUAAGGAAGAACUAGAGCCCUUGAGAGACAAAAGGGAGAACACAUGCAAAGAUGAAUUCUAGAGCUUACGUUCUGGAGCGGUGACCUGGAACUCCCACCUAGUCUGGCAAAUGAAUGCAUGGCACAUGAUGUAUUACACCCCAAACUGAUGCCAGAGCCAAAAUAUCCUACUUCUACGUGACAAUUCACAUAAAGCGCCUUGAUUUCAGGGAGGGUAGAGCCGACAAAUAUAUUCUGGACUCUCUGACCAAAUGGUAAUAUGUGUUGGGCUCUUUUCCUUAAUCAGUAAGCGGCUUUAUGAAUUAUUCAGCACUGAAGGCUGAGUAUGACUGCCUGAUGCUAUAAUAAUGAAUAUAUGCCGUGGAAAUGUUUCCCUUCCUGCACAGUGUUAAAGAGACAUUAUACUUAUUUGUAUUGAUAUUUCUGACCCUACUUUAGCUGCCAAAUACUCCUCAUUCCAAGCAGGUCCUUGGUUCCCUCUCACGUUCCUGAUACUCAAGAUGAGCAGUAAACUUCUGGGGAACACAGUUUUAAAAACAAAAUGGAACCUUUGGUUCUUUAAAAAAAUGAUAACAAUGUAAAACAACUAUUUAUGGCACAGUAACUUCAGGUGCCACCAUGGAAUCAAAAACCGAAGCCAUUAAGACAACUUAACUCCAAUACAAAAACACUUAAGUGCUUCAUCUGAUUAAAUAAUUAAAACAUAGCUUUUAUUUAAAAAGUGAAUUUCAUAUAAUAAAUAAAAUAUUUC